CGGAUAUCCUAAAAUGGAAAAUAAAGAACAGCAAAAUGUUUUAUGUGAAACCAAACAAUAGGUGUGCGAAAAUUACGAAGCAUUCAAAAAAUACUUUGAACAAUUACCCAAUGAAAUAACAAGUCUUAAAAAGCAAUACAUUUUGGAUAAGGCAACAAUUAAUACAAGAUUUGUAGUAUUGUGCUUAGGGGCUUUGAGCAGUGCAGCUCUGACAGCUAGAAUCUCUCCUUCUUUCAUCAAAGUUACACGUAACACUGUGUUGACAUAUGUUGGAGCAGGUCUAUUCAUUGUCCCUGAAGUGUUCAACCCAUACUUAAUUUUUAGAUAAUGAUUAUUGUUGUACACACAUACACACAAAUAUAAUUAAUUAACAUUCUUUUUAAA